CACGCGCAAAUCCCUACCCGGCGUCCUCCGCCCUGUGCCUGUCUUCGCUUGCAGGCCAGGCUUCUUUUGCUUGUACCCAUCACUCCGUGCGGAAACUCCACCAGUAUGUCGGAAAAGCUGCCCUACAAAGUCGCUGACAUCAGCCUGGCCUCCUGGGGACGCAAAGCCCUGGACAUCGCCGAGAAUGAGAUGCCGGGCCUGAUGCGCAUGAGGGAGAUGUACUCGGCCUCCAAGCCACUGAAGGGUGCCCGCAUCGCCGGCUGCCUGCACAUGACGGUGGAGACCGCCGUCCUCAUUGAAACCCUGGUUGCCCUGGGUGCGGAGGUACAGUGGUCUAGCUGCAACAUCUUCUCCACCCAGGACCAUGCAGCAGCCGCUAUUGCCAAGGCUGGCAUUCCAGUGUAUGCCUGGAAGGGUGAGACGGACGAGGAGUACCUGUGGUGCAUUGAACAGACACUGUACUUCAAGGAUGGGCCCCUCAACAUGAUUCUGGAUGAUGGUGGUGAUCUCACCAACCUCAUUCACACCAAGUACCCACAACUCCUGUCAGGCAUUCGGGGCAUCUCUGAAGAGACCACAACUGGGGUCCACAACCUAUACAAGAUGAUGGCCAAUGGGGUCCUGAAGGUGCCUGCCAUCAAUGUCAAUGACUCUGUCACCAAGAGCAAGUUUGACAACCUCUACGGCUGCCGAGAGUCCCUCAUGGAUGGCAUCAAGCGGGCUACAGAUGUGAUGAUUGCCGGCAAGGUGGCAGUGGUAGCAGGCUAUGGUGACGUGGGCAAGGGCUGUGCACAGGCCCUGAGGGCUUUUGGGGCCCGAGUCAUCAUCACUGAGAUUGACCCCAUCAAUGCACUCCAGGCUGCCAUGGAAGGCUAUGAGGUGACCACCAUGGAUGAAGCCUGUCAGGAGGGCAACAUCUUUGUCACCACCACGGGCUGUGUUGACAUUAUCCUUGAUCGGCACUUUGAGCAGAUGAAGGAUGAUGCCAUUGUGUGUAACAUCGGACAUUUUGAUGUAGAAAUUGAUGUCAAGUGGCUCAAUGAGAAUGCUAUGAAGAAGGUGAACAUUAAGCCCCAGGUGGACCGCUACCAGCUGAAGAACGGGCGCCACAUUAUCCUGCUGGCUGAGGGCCGUUUGGUCAACCUGGGCUGUGCCAUGGGCCACCCCAGCUUUGUGAUGAGCAACUCGUUCACCAACCAGGUGUUGGCACAGAUUGAGCUGUGGACCAACUCGGACAAGUACCCUGUUGGAGUUCACUUCCUGCCCAAGAAGCUGGAUGAAGCAGUGGCUGAAGCCCACCUGGGCAAGCUGAAUGUGAAGCUUACCAAACUGACUGAGAAGCAGGCCCAGUACCUGGGCAUGCCCCGUGAUGGCCCCUUCAAACCUGAUCACUACCGCUACUGAGAACCACACCUGCUCUUUGCCUCCCAGCUGCUGACCUUGUCUAGGCUCCACCUCUCCUCCCCAGCAGCAAAUGGCACCAACUUUGUGGUUAAUUUGUUAGUGUCUCUCAGACUACCUGGAGCUGAUUACUUGGUCUUUGGCCUCUGCUGCGUCCCUCAUACUGUUUUAAGUAUUGGGGAGUCGAGAAUCUUCUCCUAAAACCCUGGUCAUGAUGAGGGUACAAGGAAGACACCUACAGGGAGCCCUGAGCUUGCUUGGAGCUGCUCACUCAGCCCUUCCUCAGCCUUCCUCAGGCUGGAAGCUGGCAGCGGUGACCACAGAACCCACAUCUUCUCAGCCCUCAUUUGGCCUACGGACUCUAUGUCUAUGUUCUUGGUUUACAGGUCCACUGGUUCCUCAGCCCGUGACAGAUGGGGUGCAGGGGAGAAUUAUAAUUUGAGUUUGAGUUAUAAUGUUCCUUGAGAGCUUUUAAACCUCAGAACAAUGAAUUUGGUACUUUUAGUCCCUGUUUUAAAGGGGUUGGGCUAUAUUGUUAAAGGAUAGCCAGGAAAGAAGGAGAGAAAUGACAGCCAGAGGUUGAAAGUGGCUAGAGAAAGGAAGAAGCAGGCAUAGCUGCCACCACUUUCUAACAUGAUGGAUCCUAUCACAAGUUCGGAUCAAAUUUGGUUUAUAAUGUUAAAAAAAAAAAAAAAAAGACCAGGAAAAUGAAUAAAUAAAAAUGUUGGUGCCUAAAAA